CGCUUCCACAGGAGGCCGAUGUUCACGAGCAGCAGCAUGAGUUUGUCAGCAACCUGUUGUUCUCCAACCUGGCCGCUCGACACUCCGGCCACUACAUGUGCAUAGCGAGCAACGCAGCUGCCGUGGCCAACUACACGACCAGGCUCAUUGUCAGAGUUGCUCCAACAUGGUUGAUAGAGCCUCAAGACGUAUCAGUGCUGUAUCAGCACCCUGUUUCGCUUCACUGUCAAGCCAAUGGUUUUCCGGUUCCUACCAUCACCUGGAUGAAAGCCAAAGGUGGCCAACCAAUGGAAGACAUACCCUUGGAAACAGGACAAAGAAUGAUAAUUUCUUCUAAUGGGUCAGUUAUAAUCAGAGCAGCGGAUCCAAGUCACGAAGGUCAUUACACAUGUCAAGCUAGCAACGGUAUUGGUCCUGAACUGAGAAAGGUUGUCUACUUACGAGUUAAUGUGCCAGCACAUUUUCGCUCUAGGGCCAUGAAUCAGAGCGGCACUGCUGGAGAAGCCACAGUCCUAACGUGUGAGGCUGAAGGUGACCUUCCACUUCGAAUAUCAUGGACAGCAUCUCAUCGGUCAUUAACACCAAGCCACACACAAACGUUAGAGAGGCAGAUACCCAAUGGUAUCGCUGCAGAACUUCACCUAGAAGAUCUCAGUCGGAGAGAUGCUGGACCUUAUCGAUGCUCUGCAACGAAUGAAUUUGGACAGGAUGAAAUGACAAUUUAUCUGACUGUGAAAGAGCCUCCUGAAUCUCCAGGACGAGUUGAGGUCUUGGAGACUAACAGCCGUUGGGUGAACGUCGCAUGGGGCACUCCCUACUCGGGCCACGCGCCGAUUUCACACUACAUAGUGCAGUUCCAAGAGGAGGACUCGAGUUUAAAUGUAUGGAACAACGUCACUGUCGGAGGCAGCGCACGCACAGCGCGCCUAGGCGGACUGAAACCAGCCACGGCGUACAAACUGAGGCUCGUGGCCGUGAACGAGGUCGGACCCAGUGCCCCGAGCGACCCAACAACUGCUUACACUUUGCAAGAAGCUCCGAGUGGUCCGCCUAUUGAUAUCUCAGUCGAAGCCACCAUGCCUGAAUCCCUGUUAGUCAGAUGGAAGCCACCACUGCAGAGCUAUGCAAAUGGGGAGAUCCUUGGCUACCACGUAAACUACCGGCAAGUUUCUGGACCAGGCGGUCAGGGGCAGCAGCUGCAGCGCACUGUCAGGGGUGCACAUAGGCUGGAAGUGCUGCUCACUUCCCUGGAACACUACACACGCUAUGAGGUUACUGUGCGUGCUUUCAACCAGGUUGGCUCAGGCCCUGCAUCACCACCUCAUUUUGUCACCACUCUCGAGGGUGUUCCAGAUAUGCCUCCACAAGAUUUACGCUGUUCAGCACUGUCCCCGCAGAGUAUCAGAGUGCGCUGGGAUCCACCACCACCAGAACACAGGAAUGGUAUCAUAGAUAGCUACAAAGUAUUCUACAAGAAUGUGCAUUCUAGGCAUGGUGGUUCUACAGAUGUGGAGGUAAAGAAAACAACAAACUUAGAGACCAACCUCCACGGAUUAGCAAAGUUCACAAAUUACAGUAUAAGAGUGUUGGCACUAACUUCUGCAGGAGAAGGCAUUCGGUCAAACCCAAUUCACUGCACAACAGAAGAAGAUGUUCCAGGUCCACCAGAACAUAUCAAAGCAUUGGCAAUGACAUCUGAUAGCAUCAUGGUAGCAUGGACAAAGCCAGCUGAGCCAAAUGGAAAUAUAGUGAAAUACAAUGUAUACAUUAGCACUACCCAGCAACAUGGAAACAAGGAAACACAGAAGGAAACUGUGUUUGGAGACAGGGAACUAAUAUAUGAAGUAAGAAGACUGAAAGAAUUUCAGAGAUAUGAUUUCUGGGUUACAGCAUCGACAACAGUUGGAGAAGGACAGCCAAGUCCAAAAGUCUCACAGGCUCCUAUAUCUCGUGUGCCAGCACGGAUAGCAUCAUUUUCCAGACGUGUUGUACAUGGUGCUGGACAAAGCCUGGUGUUACCAUGUCGGACAGUUGGACUUCCGGCUCCUUCUAGACAGUGGAGAGGGCCAUCUGGUGCCUCAAUUACAUCCCAAGUCCUUCCAGACGGUGGCCUUGCACUAGGGCCACUUCGUCCUCAGGAAGCAGGCAAUUAUACUUGCGUGGCAGAGAAUGUCUAUGGAAAAGAUGAAAUCAACUACUGGGUCAUCGUUCAGAUUCCACCCAGCCCUCCUGCAUUGUCUGUUCCAGCUUCCACAUCUCGCAGCCUGUCACUGCAAUGGAAGUUAUUUGAUGACGGGGGAAGCCCAAUCACUGGAUACACACUUAACUACAAAAGAGAUUUUGGUGAGUGGCAAGAAGUAUCAAUUGAUCCUGAUCGAAAGACGUACAACUUGGAAGGAGUAAAAUGUGGCUCAAAUUACCAGUUGUACCUCACAGCAAGUAAUUCUGUUGGUACAAGCAAACCAAGUCCAGUAGUAAAUGCAGCUACCAAAGGAUCAGCUCCAAAAAUUCCUAAUCAAGAAGAUUUAUUAUCCGUAAAUUCGACAUCAGUAAUACUGUUUUUGGACUCCUGGCCAAGUGGUGGGUGUCCAUUACAGUAUUUUGUGGUGGAAUAUCGUGCAAAAGAUCAAAAGUCUUGGACUCUUGUUUCAAACAAUAUCCAGCAAGAAGAGCUGGUAAUCCCUGAUCUUACACCUGCUACUUGGUACGCUAUUCGAGCAACAGCUCAUAAUGAUGCAGGUUCUCGUCAACAUGAAUUUGUGUUUGCUACAAGGACAAAAACAGGAGAAAUUGUGCAUCCAGAACUUGUCACUGAUACAUCAGAAAAGCAAGAUUCCUUCUAUACUCAUCUGAACAUCAUUAUUCCAAUCCUGUCAGGAAUAAUAUGCACAGUGGCAGCAUCAAUCUGUGUUUGCAUUGUUGUCCAUAGAAGGCACUAUGCAGGAUACAAACAAGGUGAUACUGGCUUUGGUGCAAAAUCACUUGCAGAACUUGAAAAUCAGCGAAACAGUGACCAACAAAGUGGAGGACACCUACAGGGAGGGCAGUUGUAUUCACCAUCUCCAGCCAGAAAAGGAGACUCUUCUCUCAGUGGCCAAAAGGGCAGUGAUACAUCAGGUCAGGACUACGAAAUCUGUCCAUAUGCAACAUUCAGUUUACCAAGUGGGCCUAACAAUACACAGACAAUGGACUAUUCAAUGCAGUUCCAGACAUUCAGCCAACAAGAAUGUUAUUCUGGGCAGCCUCGACCAAGUACGUCAGGAUAUGGAAGCAAGUCAACGAAAGAGUAUUACUCACGUGUAAGAGCCAAGUCAGCAGCAUCACGUAAUUCUGGUGAAAUCAAGUUACCAAGAUCUUCCAAAAGCCCACCAGAUGGCCUUAGCUUAGAAAUCUCUUGCAUCUCGAGUCAGCAGACACUGCCUGUCUCUGUGGCAGUCGCAUCCAGUGGGCAUCGACGCACCAAGUCACCUCCAAGUCAUGUCCACAACAGUUCCAGUGCAGUAGGAUUCAGCAGGUCACGCAGCUGUUCCAUGGGUGCUGAUCAGGACUCAGACAGCAGUGGAGGUCCUGGCAGCCCAAGACGGAAUGAGUCCAAACCUGUUCAAUAUCGCAUACCAGCUUCCAACAGCAGAACAUCUAAAGUACCACAUCAUGCUGAGUCUACAUUUGAUCUUGACUCAAGCACAGAAUCCACAGAAGCAUCACCAGAAGUGAGCCACAGAUCAAGACGUGGCAUGGUAGCAAGAAGAGGGGCGCCCUCCAGGCAGAAUACCAGCAGCAGUACAGUGUGUCAGGAAGUUGUUCCUCUGCAGCCUCCAUCUGGUUUUUCUGAUGGUCAAGAAUUAUCAGAAGCUGAAUGUGAUAGAGAAACCGUCAGAGAAAAUGUUGCUGGUCUUCCUCUUUUCAGGCAUGAAGAACUAGAACAGGAAUUGUCCACUCUUGUAAAACGAUAUCGACAGGAACGAGACAGAGAGAAACAAGAUUACACAAUACAUGUCUGAGUCCCCAAGCUACAUAGAAUUCCAUUGAGGCGAAUGAGCUUUAAGACUUGAAUCACAGUGCUCACAGAAUUCUCCUUCAGUGUCUUAACAUUUCAACAGCACAGUGAGCUGUUUAGCUGAUUGAAUAUAGUGUGUGUAUGUGUGUUAAUGCAAAAACAGUGUGUGAAGAAAGUGUGAACUAAACAAGUGAAACACUAUUUCAUUUUGUACAUGCUGCUGUAUAUGUUUCUGUCCAAUGAACACCAAUAUCAAAAUGGUGGAAUUUAUACUGACCUUGUGAAAACCAAUGGAUAAGAUGUUGAGUGGUAACGUUGGAGUUUUUUGUAAAAAAGUAUUUUGUAAACAAACUAUAUACAUAUAUAUUUGUAGCUUCUAUUAACGAAGCAUGAUAAAUGACUGCAACAACUGUUAUAUUAUCUAUGACUGUUAAAGAACCGUGACAUAUAUACAAUUAUUAAUUAAUUAAUUAAAACACUGUUAUUAAGACAUAUAUUCUAUUCAUGUAUGUCUGUGUGGUGCAGGCAAAGUCCAAAAUGUAGCCUCCUGUCUUACGCUCAGUUUUAUUGCUCCUCCACAGAUACAGAAGGUUACAUGAUCUAAUUGUUGCUGUUAACAGUAAUGAAGAAUGACUUUAAUGCAAUUCAGUGGUCUUAUUGCAAGAUGGUUUUAUAACCUGAUACCAUAUUUACAGCAAUGGGAUA